AUGUCAUCUUCCGAUAAAGAAACCCAAAGAAAAGCAAUAUUACAAUUGUGGAAUAAUGGAAUUACUUCAGCAAAGAAAUACAUUCUAGAACUGGCACGAAGGUGGAAGAAUGAGUCUAAGCAGCCUAAGCCAGUUGGCAGAUCCUUGGUUCACUUUCACUACUUAAAAAUUGUGUAUAACUCUGUAGUAGUUAUAGGAUUAAAUAACACAACUUUCGGAAAUGUUGAUAUGUCUGAAGAAUCAAAGAAAAGAAAACAAAAAAGAUCAGGAAGAGGUAGUUUUCAAAUUAUGAUAAUCAUGAUCUGGUUAUAG